AUGACGUCGUGCCUUUCACAACGUCUUUGUGGACCGGUCGAAAGCGAAUACAUUAUGAACCAUUACAGAGAAUUCACAAAUGCAAAAGUUGCAAAUGAAGACGUGCAGAAUGAAAACGGUGAACUCCGCCUCCCCAGCAUUAUGUCUUCUGAAUACGAGCUGUCUAAACGAGCAGAAAACGAUGGAAGAACGGAAGACAAUGAAAAAAACGUGACGGAACAAAGAACUGCAUACAUCAAAAACUUCGUGCCUUGCGUUAUUAAUGGCAACUUAUAUUUUGCUGGCCGCAGUGACGAUGAUGAGAGCACCUUCAGUGAACUGGGUACAUCUGAACCAUCUCUGAUGAGUUUGAACCGUGAGCUGUCGGCACUGACUUUCACACAUGAUCAACUGUGUGGACUUCUCGGACGACAGACGGUGCGCCUCCUGCUUGAAAAAUCUAAGAUUGAAUCUGUCGCGGACAAGGAUUUACAAACGAAAACGUGCAUCACUCAACAAGAAUGCAACACUCUCAGGACCGCGUUGGAGACGUUGUCUCGUGUGGACGCAAAAACUCUUCGGAACCAGCAAAAACGGAUUGAACUCUCCAAAAAGACAGAUGAUGCAAUGAGUAAUGUGGAUGUGGAAAAUCUUCGCAAAGUACUUGGCUUGCCGAAGCAAACGGGAAAUCAAGCAGCAAAUGGGGAGACUGUAAAUCCGGCAGCGCCAUUCAGAGAUGUAAUUGCAAUGACAACGACUGAUCAAUCAUCUUUUGGUGAAGAGGCACUCCUCUGUGAAUCGGGAAGAGAAAUACAGGGCGCAGCAGAAUUGUGUAUAAGCCCGUCAAAAAUGGCAGGAGUUAAGUCACUGCACACUAAAUACAAGUGUCUGUUGUGCAAUUCUGCUGCCUCAACGUUAUCUUCGCCAUCCAGAACUAGUACUGGAAGCAGUGCUGAGAGUGAUGCUUGCUACCGUUGUGGCUGCAGUCGCUCUACAGAUCCAAGCUAUGCUAGUACGGGACAGAACGCGGCCACAGGACCGGAGGAACGAGUUUCGCAACAGUCACAAAAUCCAGAUGACAAAGUGGCGAACCAAUGCGACAGUGACCUUUCCAGUUACAGCAACGUCACAGCUGAUGCCUCUUCUAUCCUGUACUCUACUCUCAAUGUCAGUAAGGAAGAUUUACUGUCAGACGAGCUGUCUAUAUCGCUAUAUAACGCAACUGAUAGCUGGUGGACAGAAAAUGUUAACAGCACUGGUUUUGUCAGUUCUGUAUCUACUGGAGUAUGGUUAUCCAACUAUUCCGACACGUCCCGCAGCCUCUGCUCGACUAUAAGUUCAGGUCCUGUUGAGAAGCUCACUGAUGACUUUAAUGUGAGCGAUAUUACGGCAGCGAAGGCUGAUGAAGUUGAAAUUGAAGAAACAAAUCGAGUAUUCGAUGCACUUUUGACUGCAAAAUCUGAGAAUCUUGUUCUAUUUGAAGCAGGAGAUCUGGACACAGCAAAAUCAUGCUCUGUUGCCUCGAAAUCCAAGGGCAAUAUGAUGAACGACACCCCACGAUCUCCAUUGCUGGGAGUGGACGACUUGCGAACUGCUAUAGAGGAACCGAUCCUUCUGCAUACGGCUUGGGAAAGAACUGCCAGUAGCCACACCGAGCACUUUGAUUCAGAAAACUGUUACAGUAGCGACGAUCUUAUGGAAACCUUCGUCUCUGCACCAAGCACAUCAGGUUGUGGCGCCCUGUACUGCUCGUUUCUUGAAAGUGAAAACGAGAUUUGCGAAAUUGAGCCGGAAUCAAAUCUGGGAUCAACUCGCGGGUGA